AAACCAAAAGCCCAAAGGCAUCAGAAACCUGUCCCUGUAAAAGAGUCGAGACGAACCAAAACCAAUUUUUCUUCUGGGAAUCUUCAAGCUUUUUGACGUUACUCACGCGUUAAGCGCCGUUGUUCUUUUUUCCUCUGAUUACAAAAGCCAGAGGUAGCAGAAAGGGGAAGUAGAAGAAGCUAAGAGACAGAAAAAAUGGUGAAGGAUAGGAAAAUAGGAGUGGCCAUGGAUUUCUCAAAGAGCAGCAAGAACGCCCUGAAAUGGGCUGUAGAUAAUUUAGCCGAUAAAGGUGAUACCAUUUUCAUCAUCCACAUUAACCCCAACAAACUCGACGAGUCUCGUAGCCAGCUUUGGGACAAAUCUGGCGCUCCUCUGAUUCCUCUGGUUGAGUUCAGAGAGCCGGAGGUUAUGAAGAAGUACGAUGUCAAGCCUGAUAUCGAGGUUCUUGAUACCCUUGACACCGCUGCGAGACAGAAAGAGGUGAACAUUCUGACGAAACUGUACUGGGGAGAUGCGAGGGAAAAGCUUGUAGAUGCUGCUGAAGAUCUGAAGCUGGACUCUCUGGUAAUGGGAAGCAGGGGACUCAGUACCAUCCGAAGGAUUCUGCUUGGGAGUGUGAGCAACUAUGUGAUCGUGAAUGCUACUUGUCCUGUCACCAUAGUCAAGGAUCCAAGCUUUGGCAAGUAAUUUGGAUCUUGAUUUUGAGCGAUAUCUAUUGUUGUUAUCAUUUACGUUUGCCCCCUGCUUCCAUUUUAUGUUUUCCUGAAUACAUGUGAAUUUCCUUUUUGGAGGACAAUUGAACACUAAAUAGAUGGAUGGAUCAUGGAUAUGUACUCCUCUGCUCAUCAAUUAUGAAGAAUAUUUUAUACUUA